ACUGAUCGUCGCUGGAAGCUGUUUUCUAAACAAACAUUUUAUACCUGUUAAAGAAACAUAAAACCAGAUUGUUUCAGACAUGAAAACCACGAGGAGGUCCACGGAUAUUUUAUACAUUCUCACUCUUUGUCACGCGCUUCUUGCCGAACGGCUAUUGAGAAACGAAAGUCGAAUUAACGAUCACACGCUUGUUCAACAAUCGGGUUGCAGAAUUUCUGAGAGAACAACUUUGGCAGAGUUCAACAUGGAACAAUUUUUGGGUGAUUGGUAUGAACUCUUCAAAACCAAAUCAGGAUUUGUAAGUUUGCAGUCUGGGUUAUGGCGGCUAGAAGUAAAUGAAAAUAAGAAACUAAUCUUUACCUACGUCGCAAAAGCCGAGUAAGUAUCAGUUCAAAGUAAGU